UUCCGUUAUGGCUGAGCAGCGGAAAAUACGAAAACGCGUUCGCAAAAUAUUAAAAUUACAACGUAAAUCGGACUCAGAGGAUGACGACGAAGACUCCCAAUAUAAAGUCAAAUGCAAAGGGGUAUUACCCUCAAGUACAUCGCAAUGGGAUAUCACAUGUCUUCAAUGUAUAGGCAUUAUUUACUGUGACCAGUCCAUACCCCUGUCUGAGUUGCUGGACAGUGUAUAUAGUAAUAUCGGAAUGUUUAAACCAUUGAAUGAUAAAGAGAAAGAGUAUACUGCAUGUAUACAGAACAGUUUAGAUUUCUCGUUUUCAACACAGGAAGUGGUAGACUAUUGCAGAAAAUAUAGGCUUUCUCCAAAUGAAGUAAAUAUUGAUGUGGCAGAAAAAGUAAGAAGCAAUUUGGAAAGUGAUGUGUUUAUAAACACUAGGGAGACACUGAAGCCUUAUACAGUGGGACUGAUAGAACAAUUUAUGAGAAAUGUACACCAUAUAAUACAGAUUAUGAGAAGUAAACAAGGCUUGUUGAAUGUGCCACAAAGAGUAUUUGUAAAUUUAUUUUGCACUUUUGUGAAGAUGUGUAACCUGAACCCAAGUGAGGGAUCACUCUGGAAAACAGAUCAAAAUGUUCUUCAACAAAAUAUAUCCUCAGAGGCAGAUGUUGUUAUAUUACCCUGUAACCUAAUGGAAGCUAGUGAUUAUCAUGCUGUAAAUAUAGUUUCAGUUGUGGAUAUAAAAAAGUUGUCAACUGAGAAUUUAGAUACUUCAGAGGGUCUUUCAUCAUCAUCAUUGUCAGAAUCAUCAGAUAUGAAUCAAGACCAUGAAAACAGUACUGACCAACCAUCAAUUUAUAGUAGAGUUUGUAAAAAGCUUCUUGGACAACAUGGUGCUGAACUGGUUGUGCACCAUGAGUUAUUUGGAGAAAAAUGUAUCAAGAAUGGAAAAAUAUACCUUAGUGGCAUGAUUGUUGUUGGAACACAGGUGACUUUUACCUUACUAGAGUGUAGUGUUGAUCAUAUGGUAGAUAUUUUAAAUGAAAAAGAUGUUGGAAGGAAGACCAGUUUUAUUUCAUACUCAGAGCCAAAAGAUUUGCUGAUACAAAAGGAACGUGAUGAAUUGCUGGAGGCAUUUUGGAGACUAAACAAUACAACAGUUUGAGCAAUAAAUUUCUUCAUUUCAUGUCCAUUUUUUUUUUUUGACUCUUUCAUGUUAAUAACAUUUGUACCAACAUUAGGUGACAAUACUGAUCACUGUCCAUGAUUAGUCUCUAUAAAAAUAUGAAAUGUUUUUCAAUUGUUGUCUAUAUGUGUCUAAACAGAAUUAUUUUCUGAUUGUAUAAUGGAAAAAAAAACUGAUCAAAAAGCUAUAUUGACUUCAUUAAUGUAUACAUGUGUAUUUAUUAAGCAUGCACACCAUCCAGGCAUUCCUGAUUAUGUUCAUGCAAGAGAAAUGAAAGACUUUUAUCCAGAUAAGUACAAAACGUUUCUGAUUUGCUUGACAACUUGGUAGAAUUUUAAUUUAGGUCUCAUUAAAGUGAAUUCACCAGCAGUUAUUUUACAGGAUGCUGCAAACACUAAGAAUCUAAUGUAUCCAAGCAUUUAGCUUAGAAUAGUUUACUUGUAAUAAUAAUAAAUUGAAAGUGUCAAACAAAUAAUAGGUAUCUUGUUAAUAAAAGAGAUAUUGACAUAAAAAAUAUUGAAAUCAGAGUAAGUUGUAAAGACUUUGGGAUGUAUUAUUUCCAUAUAACUUCACACUAUUGAAUUGCACUUUUUGUCAGCAUAUGACCCAUUUGUUUUACUGGUGAAAGCCAGAUUAUACUUGUGUAGUUUUGUCUCCAUGAAAACCUAGAAUUUUUUUUACAGUUAAAUGUUUGAGCUGUACUGUAUAUUAAAUAUAUGUAUAUAUAAAGUAUAUAAAGCAUCACUGAAGUGACAUUUACUGUCAAAAUGCUCAUCUGGUGUAAUACACUUGGUGCUGUUAAUUUUUAUUAAAGAAUAGUCUUUUGAA